AUGGCUCAGGGAGGCUUUGAAGUUGAUUUUGUUUCGAACGUUAUCAGGUCAAACCAGGUCUUCCGCUGUUCAUUAUGGUCUGGAUGGCUGGUUUUAUGUCUCCGGGGGAUAUGGCCCGGCAGACGCGAAACAAGCGUCAGCCGCACCAGUCCACGGGGACCUCUAAACCCAGCUGUUGGUUAUACGAGGCACGCUGGGUUAGGCCUUUCCGCAAUGAAGGCUGCUGCCAAGAAAGCCGCAAAGAAGGCUGUUGCAAGAGAAAGAAAGCGCAAAGAAGGCUGUUCAAAGAAGGCUGUUGGCAAGAAAGCCGCAAAGAACAAGAAGGCAAAGAAGGCUGUUGGCAAGAAAGCCGCAAAGAAGGCUGUUGCAAGAAAGCCGCAAAGAAGGCCAAGAAAGGAAGGCUGUUGGCAAGAAAGCCGCAAAGAAAUGUUGCCAAGAAAGCCGCAAAGAAGGCUGUUGGCAAAAGCCCCAAAGAAGGCUUUUGCAGAAAGCCGCAAAAGAAGGCUGUUGGCCAGAAAGCCGCAAAGAAGCUGUUGGCCAGAAAGCGCAAAGAAGCCUGUUGGCAAGAAAGCCGCAAAGAAGCCUGCUGCCAAGCGCAAGAAGCCUGUUGGCCAGAAAGCCGCAAAGAAGGCUGUUCCAGAAAGCCGCAAGAAGCUGCUGCAAGAAAAGCCGCAAAGAAGGCUGUUGGCCAGAAAGCCGCAAAGAAGCCUGCUGCCAAGAAAGCCGCAAAGAAGCCUGCAGAAAGCGCAAAGAAGCCUGCCCCAAGAAAGAAAAAGGCCAAAAAGCCACAAAGCCUGCUGCCAAGAAAGCCCAAAGAAGGCUGUUGGCAAGAAAGCCGCAAAGAAGGCUGUUGCCAGAAAAGCCGCAAAGAAGCCUGCUGCCAAGAAAGCCGCAAAAAAGCCUGCUGCCAAGAAAGCCGCAAAGAAGCCUGUUGGUGCAAAGAAAAGAAAGCCAAAGAAGCCUGCUGCCAAGAAAGCCCAAAGAAGCCUGCUGCCAGAAAGCCGCAAAGAAGCCUGCUGCCAAGAAAGCACAAAGAAGCCUGUUGCCGAAAGAACAAGAAAGCCGCAAAAAAGCCUGCUGCCAAGAAAGCCGCAAAGAAGCCUGUUGGCAAGAAAGCCGCUAAGCCUGUUGAAGAAAGCCGCAAAGAAGCCUGCUGCCAAGAAAGCCGCAAAGAAGCCUGCUGCCAAGAAAGCCGCAAAGAGAGCCUCUGCCAGAAAAGCCGCAAAAAGAAGCCUGCUGCCAAGAAAGCCGCAAAGAAGCCUGCUGCCAAGAAAGCCGCAAAGAAGCCUGUGCUGUUGCCAAGCGCAAAAAGAAGCAAGAAAAAGAAGCCUGCUGCCAAGAAAAGCAAGAAGCCUGCUGCCAAGAGAAAGCAAAGAAGCCUGCUGCAAGAAAGCCGCCAAAGAGCCUGCUGCCAAGAAAGCCGCAAAAAAGCCUGCUGCCAAGAAAGCCGCCAAGAAGCCUGUUAGCUGCUGCCAAGAAAGCCGCAAAGAAGCCUGCUGCAAGAAAGCGCCAACGAAGCCUGCUGCCAAAAAGCCCGCAAAGAAGCCUGCUGCCAAGAAAGCCGCAAAGAAGCCUGUUGGCAAGAAAGCCGCAAGAAACAGAAGCGAGAAAGCUGCCAAGAAAGCCUCAAAGAAGGCUGUUGGCCAGAAAGCCUCAAAGAAGCCUGCUGCCAAGAAAGCCGCAAAAAAAGCCUGCUGCCUGUUGCCAAGAAAGCCCGCAAAGAAGCCUGUUGCAAGAAGCCGCAAAGAAGUCCUACUGCCAAGAAAGCCGAAAAGAAGCCUGCUGCCAAGAAAGCAGCAAAGAAGCCGUGUUUGCCAAGAAAGCCGCAAAAAAAGCCUUGCCUGCCAAGAAAGAAUGCAAAGAAGCCUGCUGCCAAGAAAGCUGCAAAGAAGCCUGCUGCCAAGAAAGAAAUCCAAGAAGCCUGCUGCAGAAAGCCGCAAAGAAGCCUGCUGCCAAGAAAGCCGCAAAGGAGCCUGCUGCCAAGAAAGCCGCAAAAGCCUGCUGCCAAAGGGAAAGCCGCAAAGAAGCCUAGCUGCAAGAAAGACCGCAAAGAAGCCUAGCUGCCAAGAAAAAGCCGCAAAGAAGCAUGCAUGCCAAGAAAAGCCGCAACGAAGGCCUGCUGCCAAGAAAGCCCGCAAAGAAGCAUGA